UUUGAGCUGGGUUGAAGGUCGCGCAUGCGUGCUUUACUCCAGCCCAGACUGCUUUUCACGUGGAGCGCUGAUCCUCCGUGUGUCAGUCAGUUUCACGCACAGACGCGAGCAACGGACCGCUUGAUCCACGCACUUUGACAAAGAAACAGAACUAUGGCCUUCAGGAAGUUUCUGCCCUUGUUCGACCGUGUGCUGGUGGAGCGCUUUGCCGCAGAGACCGUCACCAAGGGAGGCAUCAUGCUGCCGGAGAAGUCCCAGGGCAAAGUGCUGCAGGCUACCGUGCUGGCAGUGGGACCAGGAAACAGGACAAAGGACUUCUAUAACUGGCCUGAUGAAUCCUUCGAGGAGAUGGACAGCACUCUAGCUGUGCAGCAGUACAUCCAGCAGAAUAUCCGCACGGACUGCUCCAACAUCGACAAGAUCCUCGAGCCACCAGAGGGGCAGGACGAGGGUGUCUGGAAAUACGAGCACCUCAGACAGUUCUGCCUGGAGCUCAAUGGACUGGCUGUCAAGCUGCAGAGUGAGUGUCACCCCGACACCUGCACACAGAUGACAGCCACAGAGCAGUGGAUCUUCCUGUGCGCCGCCCACAAAACCCCCAAAGAGUGCCCAGCCAUCGACUACACCAGACACACGCUGGAUGGAGCCGCCUGCCUUUUAAACAGCAACAAAUACUUCCCCAGCAGGGUCAGCAUUAAGGAGUCGUCUGUAGCGAAGCUGGGCUCAGUGUGUCGCAGGAUCUAUAGAAUAUUCUCACACGCCUAUUUCCACCACCGGCAGAUAUUCGACAAGUAUGAGAACGAGACGUUUCUGUGCCACCGCUUCACACGGUUUGUGAUGAAGUACAAUCUCAUGUCAAAGGACAACCUGAUCGUGCCCAUCCUGGAGGAGGAGGUACAGAACGCUGCUUCAGGGGAGAGCGAGGCGUGACCCGCAGCCACGACAGGAAACAAGCAAACACACCAACGAACGACUCGUUCUAUACAUCCAAAACAAUGUCCCGCUCUUCUGUACAAAACAAUGUCCCGCUCUUUUUCUUUCACCUGUUUCAAUCGUGUAGCCACACUGUUGCUUCUUCGUUUAGCAUUUUGUACCUUUUUGUGUCUUUAGCUCUUUAAACAGGUUAAGUUAUUAUUGGCAAGCUGUGUAAAAGCCACCAGCAUGGCCUUCAUGGUUUUUAAAUGGACUACAUUUUCUGUUAUUAUUAUUAUUCUUAUUAUUAUUUUUAUUAUUUCUAUAUCUGUUAAUAAAAAAUGAAUUAGUUGCCCAAAACAGAGUCCUAUCUGGAAUGUAAAUGUAACGGACUUGGCCGUACUGACUGAAGGAUACAGAUAAUAACACUGAUGGAAACAUUAA